GAAGCACGGAAAUUUCAAAGACUUUUAGUAACAUCUAAUAGUCACUGUCACACGCAAAGACAACUUUACGACAAAAGUUAUCUUGGCCUUCCAGACACAACGGAAUUUUGUGCCAUCCUUUGGAAAGGAGACGUUACGGACAACAGUCCCUCCACCGUUCGAACGAAACAUGGAUCGUGUGGACUUUAUUCAUUUAGACGUUUUAGAAAAGAAAGUUCUUAACAACUCUGAGGUUUCAGUUCACUAUUUAUGUUCUAAGCCUUGUAUUGUCAACCUGGAGGCAAUAGCUUCCUCAGAGUUCAGGACUGGUGUGUCUGUGUAUAGAAGGAGAUGGAAGGACGAGAAGAACCUUUAUGUUAGUAGAACUCGACAGGUACAUUUGAAGUUUCCAAGCAUCAUGGUUUACAGAGAUGAUUUUAUCAUCAGGAACUCAAUAAUAGUGCACAGCGUGAUACUAUACGCAUGGAUUAGUCAUGCAUCGGUUAGCAGCUCGGAUGUUAAGCAGAACGAAAGCUAUCAGCAGGCAGUUGCCAGGAAUUACACUUUUUUAGAAGCGGUUUCACCUUUUAAGCGUCCAUACAAAGACCACAAAGUUUGUCUUCAGUGGGGCACUGACUAUUUGUGGACGCUCCAGGCAAACAGGAUUCCACAAUGCCCCCAUGAAAGCGAUGGUGUCCAGAUUCUCAGCUUCAUAUAUGCCUCCAGCGGGGAGAAAACAGGAAUUGUGAAGAAAUUUGAACGAUUUGAAAACAGAGAACUUGAGACAGUCAGGCAACAUCAGAUUGAUUAUCCAAUGUUCACCAUUUCAAUCUGGCUGUAUUUACUGCAUUACUGUGAAAUGGAUCUGUGUGGUAUACUCUAUUUUAUUGAUCCAAAAGAAAUGUAUAGUACUCCUGCUGUAUUUCUAAAUGAGGAAGGUUAUGUCCAUAUUCAGAUGCACCUCAUUAGAGGAGAUGAUCUUGCAGUAAAAACUAGCUUCAGCCUUCCUCUGAGGCAGUGGUUUCGACUGGAUCUCUCCUUUAAGGGUGGACAGAUAGAAGUAAGCAGUGUUGGGAAGAAUUUGAAAAGACGUCAUCAUCAGUCUUUUACUUUUAGGGAAGAUUUCUAUUAUGAUGACACCGCUGGAUAUUUUGUUCUUGGAGGCAGUGGAUAUGCAAAUGGUAUUGAAGCAUUCUUUGGACCUGCAAAGUACUAUCGUCUGAAUGUGCUAGAAACAGAGCAGAUUUCUAACCCUCUUUGUGACAAAGAAACAAUGGAACAAAUUGAGCUCUACUAUGAGAGAUGCAUGGACGUUCAAGAAAUAGUUUCUGGGUACAAACGCAUUGUAAGGCAAGGGCAAGCUGUGCAAAAAGAUUGUGUCUGUGAAAACUAUUAUUCAGAGCAGAUUCACAAAUAUGGAGAAAAGUCCAAGUGUGACGCCUUCAUGUGGGGAAAAGAACUCAGGGAAAAAUACCACAGUUUGUUCAAACUGUUGCGAGAGAUGGAUUUCAGUUCACCAGAUGUGUUAGAAGAUGAAAAUGAUACCAUUCUAGAAGUUGGCUGGAGGAUGUUUGAGAAGGUUGCAAAAGGUCUAUCCAGUGCGGAUGGCUUAAGCAAAACGGGCUCCUCUAUCCCUUUCUUGGUGGAUUCCAGUUGCUGUGGAUACCAUAAGGCUUCCUAUUUCCUUGCAGUUAUAUUUGAAACAGGGCUCGGUGUGCCUGUGGAUCGUACAAAGGGACUGCUGUAUAGUUUGGUUGGCGCUCAGGGGAACGAGAGACUUUCUGUGAUGAAUCUUGGCUACAAACAUUACCAAGGCAUUAAUAACUAUCCAGUUGACUUGGAGCUGUCAUAUGCUUAUUACAGUAAUAUUGCAAUAAAGACAUCCUUGGAUCAACACACAAUAACAGGGGAACAGGCAUUUGUUGAAACUGUGAGGCUGAUGGAUGAUGAGCUGCUGAAAGCUCAAACAAAAGAAAACGGUGAUGUCUUUAUGUGGUUAAAACAUGAAGCAACAAGAGGAAAUGCAGCUGCACAGCAACGAUUGGCUCAGAUGCUGUUUUGGGGCCAACAGGGAGUCACAAAAAAUCCUGAAGCAGCAAUAGAGUGGUAUGAAAAGGGCGCAAUAGAAACAGAGGAUCCAGUGCUAAUAUAUGAUUAUGCCAUUGUGUUAUUUAAGGGUCAAGGUGUGAAAAAGAACACAAAACUUGCUUUAGAAUUGAUGAAGAAAGCAGCAGCCAAGGGCUUGCCCCAGGCCGUGAACGGAUUGGGAUGGUACUACCACAAUUUUAAAAGAGACUACAGAAGUGCAGCCAAACACUGGUUAAUUGCUGAAGAACUGGGAAAUCCAGAUGCGUCGUACAACCUCGGUGUCCUUUAUUUAGAUGGGAUUUUCCCUGGAGUGCCUGGUAGAAAUCAAACAGUAGCUGCACAAUAUUUCUAUAAAGCUGCCCAAGGGGGACAUAUAGAAGGGACUUUACGAUGCUCUCUGUACUACAUCACAGGAAAUAUGGAAGACUUCCCUAGAGAUCCAGAAAAAGCUGUAAUCUGGGCUAAACACGUUGCAGAGAAGAAUGGCUACCUAGGUCAUGUCAUCAGAAAAGCUCUCAAUGCUUAUCUGGAACUUUCGUGGCAUGAAGCUCUGCUGCAUUAUGUUUUAGCAGCUGAAACUGGGAUUGAAGUGUCACAGUCAAAUUUAGCACACAUCUGUGAAGAAAGACCAGACCUAGCAACGAAAUAUCUAGCAACUGAUUGUGUUUGGAGAUACUAUAAUUUCUCUGUUUCUCAAAUCAGUGCACCCUCAUUUGCUUAUUUGAAAAUGGGAGACUUCUACUACUAUGGUUACCAGAAUCAGUCUAAAGACCUUGAGCUCUCAGUACGGAUGUACGCACAAGCUGCAUUAGAGGGAGACUCACAGGGGUUCUUUAAUUUGGCCCUUCUCAUAGAAGAGGGUAACUCCAUACCUUCCUAUAUUCUGGAUCACUUGGAAAUUGAUCAAACUGUGCAUUCUAGUAAUACUUCACUUCUUCAGGAACUUUAUUACAGAUGCUGGAAUUAUAGUAACCAAGAGUCAAUUAGCCCAUGCUCAUUAGCAUUGCUUUACUUUUAUCUAAGAGUUUUCUGGAACAAUAUUUUACAAUCUACUUUGAUAUACUUCAUGGGAACCUUUCUUUUAUCAGUUCUGGUUGCAUUUACAAUGCAGUAUUUUCAGUCUCUCUCUGCCAAUAAUUCUCUUGGAACAAGAUCAGAACCUUCUUUAGAUGAACCUUCUUCCAUGGGGAAUAAUGAGGAUGCUACCAGACCAGAACAGCAAGAUGAAUCUACUUUUUCAAAUGGUUUAGCACAGCAGGAGUUAAACCCUCAGAAUCCUCUUGUAACCAGCUGAAGGGUAGUCGUCUUUAAGGCUGAUAGCCCACUGUGAGGGUGGGAUAUGAACAGUUACAAAUCUAAAAACUGGCAACCUUAUUUGUGGCAUUAAUGAUGCACUCCAACAGCCAAAACCACAGAGAAAGCCACUGACCUAAUUUAUCCAUUAUAGAGGAGAAAAAACCCCUGUAACUUCUUUAACACAGUCCAAACAAAGAAAACUGAUUUUCUCACUAGACCCAAACAUGAUCAUACUGUAUUUCUUUAAGGGGCUAGAAGGAAAAAGAGACAAAAUCUUUGCCUAACUAACUGAAGCAUGAGCAAAAACUCCCACUGGUUUCAGUGAAGAACAGAUUUUACUCACAUAACUAAAAUCUAAUGGAAUUACCUUUACCACAUUUGAGCUUGUUGUACUGAUGUAGUUAACAGAGUUGCAAGCGUGGACACAAGACAAAAAUGAAACCGAGCCACCUGCACUUUCCACAGCACAUAGCCAGAGCCUUGGCUGGUGCAGGCAGUGAUAACAGUUACUUUUUGGGCAUGUCAUGUUCCAUCCUGGACAGUCUUUCAUGACAAAAAGUGUUUUCCUUUUAAAGGAAAACUCAUACGAGGAAGAUCUGCAAUAUGAUCAUGACAUGGUAGUUCCACUGGCUUUGACUCCUUGAAGAGUCAAAGUGUCAAAGUGUCAGCAGUUUCCUGGGGAACAGAGUAAUUAAUGCCUCCCGCAACACACCCCCACCCAAGCGCCCACUCACGAGAAAGUAGCUUCCUUAAAAGACGAUAAAUGAAUAUUAAAGUGUGGACAGGUGACACAAAGUAAAUGAACAAUUUGUUUUCAGAUUCUUAUAUAGCUAACAUUGGGAAGGGUUUAUUUGGGGCCUAUAGUAAAAUUUAAAUACACCUUUUUAAAUGGCAAUUUUUUUGAUAAAUGUUUAGAUGGGAUUGUACAGAUAAUAUGUAUUAGAGUGGGGAUGUCUUUUGUCUGAUUUUAAGCUGUGAGGUAAGUGGCUGUAGGAAGGGUCUGACCUUUAAAGCAGGUGUGCAUGCACCUCUGCAAAAUUAUUUAAAUCACAUAGAUUAUAAAUUGCAUCAGUCUAUGCAUUAUUGAGGGUUAAAUCCACUCUCCUUGCACUACAUUAUUUACUCUUGUAAAUAAAAAUAUUUUUCUAUUUCAGACUAUAUGUAUGUGAAGGAUUUUUUUUUUUUUUAAAGCUUGGGCCAAUAGGACAAACGGGGCAAUCCACCAUUGCUUUGAAGAAUACAGAGUUCUCACAGAGCAAAUCCUGGAACUGUUUUUAUUUUUUCCAUCAAGAGGUAGAAGUUUUCAGUAGAAAGGAAAUGAUGAAGUAAUAAUUUGAGAGAGUGAAAUAAACGCAUACAUGCAUACCCCCCCCCCGUUCAGUUUAUGUUUCUCCUGUAGAAAAUAAAAAUCAAAAGGUUUAUAGAAAAAGCUAAUGCUUCUAGCCAGCAGUUUCAUUUAGUAAGGAAGGGGAUUUUGAAGCUUUUUUUUCCCUCCAUUCUCUUCCUUCAGCAAUACAAUCCAAAGAAAUGAAUUAGAUAUGCCACAUUAUUGGAGUUUUUAUUUAUUUUUAAGCAAGAAGAGCAAUGCAAAUGACAGAAUUUUUGUUCUUAGUACAGAGAUAAAAGCUCUGCAAACUGCUCAAUAGCCUCUAUGUAUAGCCUUGUAGUCCUUUCUACAACGUACUUUCAAGGAAGAUAAAGGAACUUCGCUCUUAAAUUAUAAACUGUUGUUGACCUGCACAGGUUAUAUAAAUCCUGUGCUUUUGUUAUCCAUUGCAAAUAGAUCAUGAGCCUUUUUGAGGCUGUUUAGGCUUGUAAAAACCUUGUGCUGCUAAAUUUGAUAGUAUCAGAUUCCUUAACACAAAUGUAUGGAUAUUGUCAGUGUUUUCCCAACAAGUGGUCUGACAUCGUUUUACAAUAGUGGACAUAAUGUGCAUUUGUACUGAAAACAGGACAUGGUGAGAUGGUGAAACCGGAAUGAGGUGUAUUGCAGAAAGUCAAGCACAGUCUUUGAAAAAAAGUAGGCCAAUUGUCACAGCAGAGGCACAGUGUUGUGCACCAAAUUUUACAUGUUGUUAGAGCGGUCACAAAAAGAGCAAAACUGUUUGAACAUAAGUGUGACAAAUCUUGCAUCUAGUAAGCCAUGCAUGUAAAGCUUUUUUACUAUAUAUGCUGUAAGCUAUGCAAGUGACAGGAUCACUACA